CCCCGACGUCCGCCGGAAGUGCACGGAGGAGUUCCGGGGGCCAGGGGGCCGCCGCGAGUCUGGUAUCCUGAGCUUCCUGAGUUGAGCGCUGCUGCUCCGCGGGGGAGUCACCGCACCGCUCCCGGGAUCAUGGUGUUCUACUUCACCAGCAGCAGCGUUAAUUCAUCUGCCUACACUAUUUACAUGGGAAAAGAUAAAUAUGAAAAUGAAGAUCUGAUCAAGCAUGGCUGGCCUGAAGAUAUCUGGUUUCAUGUGGACAAACUCUCUUCGGCUCAUGUAUACCUUCGAUUACAUAAGGGAGAGAAUAUAGAAGACAUCCCAAAGGAAGUGCUGAUGGACUGUGCCCACCUUGUGAAGGCCAAUAGCAUUCAAGGCUGCAAGAUGAACAACGUUAAUGUGGUAUAUACGCCGUGGUCUAACCUGAAGAAAACAGCUGACAUGGAUGUGGGGCAGAUAGGCUUUCACAGGCAGAAGGAUGUAAAAAUUGUGACAGUGGAGAAGAAAGUAAAUGAGAUCCUGAACCGAUUAGAAAAGACCAAAGUCGAGCGGUUCCCAGACCUAGCAGCAGAGAAAGAAUGCAGAGAUCGUGAAGAGAGGAAUGAGAAAAAAGCCCAAAUUCAGGAAAUGAAAAGGAGAGAAAAAGAAGAAAUGAAGAAGAAGAGGGAAAUGGAUGAACUUAGGAGCUAUUCAUCACUAAUGAAAGUUGAAAAUAUGUCUUCAAAUCAGGAUGGCAAUGAUUCAGAUGAAUUCAUGUAAAAGGAGAAAAGGAGAAAAGGACCUUUGAAAGAUGUGAAUGUAUAGACAAUUGCAGACCUUUUGGUUUCAUCUGUGUUCUGAAGUAUAAAAUACAACCAAAAUUCUACCUUCAUCUUACCCAGAAAUGAUUGAUUUUCAAGUUUUAAAAAAAUUGUACCUUUUUUGCUGACAGAAAAGGAUCAGAUAUGUAUAAAAUAGUUGAACUUGACAGCAUAUAACUUAAAGUGAAAAUGUUUUUGCCAGAACAUGUCUUGGUACCUUGUGAAAGCAGGCUGCCUUUGUUCUUGAGAUAGAAUUUGAAAUGAACCAGCUCUGAAAAGUACUUCUGUUGCUCUGGUCUAUCCCUGAAAACAGAUGUCUUGAAACACUUUUCAUAUUCUUAAAAUAAUCUUCACUUCUGUUAAGAAGAACAUGUUGGUGGGUAAUUAUGUGAAUGUUUCCCUGUCCAUGAUUUCUCGAUUAGAAAAAAGGGCGUAUGGGUUUUGAAAAAGAGAUUUUUCAGAAGAUUGUCAGCUUCAGUAUUCACGUUCCAUCGUGUCAUCUGGGUCUGUUAGUGUAGUGACCCUCAGUGCAGUCUGUCCCAGCGUUUACGUCCUUGCUUCCUCUGAGCAGAGGCCUCCAUCUUAGUAUCAUCAUAUUUAAAGAAAUUGAUGGUGUUCAUCAAGCUGGGGCCUGUGGCAGUUGUUGCCUGAGCACCAAGUAACCCAAGCCACCUAUGCGACAACUUCUGGGCCCAGGAGUAAUUUCUCAGCAUUGAGGGUAAAAUAGGAUGGAGUGCUCUGUUGAUCAUUUGGGAGAUGUAGGUUACCUGAUUUGUGCCUUGGGAUGCAGCAUGAAGCAGAAGUCCAUAUUGCAAUUAUGAUUUUAGAAGGAACUAAGCGUUUUACUCACACCCACAGCAGCAGGAAUGACCUCCUGCAGCAGAUAUUCCACCUGUAAUAGCACUUUGGAACUGUGGGCAAAACCAAAAGGCUAGUGUUUCCAUUUAUUCCACGUUGGUGUAUGGGGUUGAACUGGAAAAUUCCCUGAGGCAAAACUCACUGGCCAAAUUUUGAGAGGGUAUAGAAAAUGACUUUAGAGAUGAGUGGUUUUGUAUAUGUGUCUGAUGAUAUUCAGUCUGAUGUUCUGCAAUUUUAAAAGUUAUAAUAAAGUAUCAUUUUUUUAUCUGGAA